GCUUCUUUCUUUCUUGCUGUAUCCUUUUCCGAUCCCUAUGCCUCCGUGGCUCGGCAGUAUGAUGAGAGAGAUGCUCGCACUUGCUACCCUGUGCUCCGUUUGGGUACGGUUCAGCUGGCACAGCUGUCCGCGGCCUGACUCAAACUCAAAAACCAACUUUGGUCUGGUGCCGUCGGGAACUCCUUCUUGCCCCCCCCGCCGCGCUCCCCCGCCCUCGGCCGCCCGUCUUUCCCCCUUCUCCUCGGGCCUCGGUAUCCUUCGCGAUAGCGGCCGCUUCUCGGACGAGUCCUGCGACGUCUCCGUCAGGAAGCUCUACGAGUUCUGACACCCGCUUGCUCUUCCGGUGAGCAGGUGCCUGCGUGUGCUUGUGUGGUUUGUUUGCUGGAUCGGGCCAGUUUACAGUGCAGCUGCUGCCACAUCUCGCGGAGGCGUUUUUUGCUGUGGCUUGCCUCGUUGUUGUUCUGGUCCGCAUUGAGUAUGAAUCCUGUGGCUUGAGCAUCCGUUUCGUUGAACCCUACGAGUACGAAUCCUAUGCUUUCUGUUUCCAUUUCGUAACUUCUGAUUUUGUUUCAGAGCGCACGGAUUGCAUGGCAUCUGAUUUUGUCUCUUCACGUUUGUCUGUGCUCGAAGUGUGUGUGAAUGACCUGUAUGCUCGUGUUGGGACCCUGACAUGUGAGCAGAUGGGGAGGCCCGCCGCCCUCGCAGCGGCGUCGUUCAGUGCAGGACAGGUGAAGCGCCGUUUCUGGUUGUGUUCCACGUCUUCGUCGUGUCAGGUGGGGGAUUUUACUGGCCUCUGUAGUGCCGGUAUCGUCGCACUUCGUUACUGUCGUAACCGCGGCCCUGCUGGGGCGGCUCCGUGGAGGCGUGCGAGCUUCUUCGACACCAGGUGUGGGGCCUUCUUCCCCGAUGUAUGUUUCUCCUGCAUCGACAGCGGGCGUUGCUACGAUUUCCCAUUAUUUUCCGAAUGUGCUUGAGAGUGAUGUUGCCGUGGUGGAGGAUGCUCGAGUGGCCAUUGUUGAUCCCGUCCCUGAUGCCGUUCCCGAUGUAUCAGUUUCAGAUGCGAGUGCCUCGGCCCAGCUGGCGGCAACGGGCGCUACGGCGACUUCUCAUCAUUUCCGAAUGUGUCUUAGAGUGGAAUUGCUGUGGAGGUGGAGGAUGCUCGAGUGACUUUUGUUGAGCCUGUACCGGACGUCGUUCCCGAUGCCUUAGUCGGAUGCGAGCGCCUCAGUCAAUUUUGCGACAAUGGGCGCUACGAUGCCUUCACCGUCUUCUCCAGUGUGCAUGAGAAUGGUGCUGCUGUGGCGGCGGAAGGUGCUAGAGCGAGCGGUGCCGAUCCCACCCCUGAUGCCGUUCCCGCUGUACCCGCUUCGGACGCGAGUUGCUCGGUCCAUCCUCCUGCUCUUUGCGAGUGACCCCCGAGCCAUGCGUAUCAAAUCGUAGUGUUUCCGACGAGAGGUGCCUGUUGCGGAGACCCCGCCAGUGCUUGCAUCCACGGCGGAUCAUGUGGUUCAUUCUCUCCUGCCGCGGCCGUAUGUGGACUCAAGCGUGCUGCGUGCAUACUUGGGCUUGUUUCCGAAAGAAGACGAUGACGACUCGAGUGAUGAGGAGUCCGUGAAUGCACAGAGAAUUUGGGUUGUUGACUUUUUAGGAGAGUGGCAUAGGAGCGGGGUGCUUUCUUGCAAGCCUGGGCGGAACCCCUGGUGUAUGGUCACUUCCCUGACAUGUGCCAAUGCCUACAUCACAUUUCCACUGAGGAGCGAGUCGAUAUUGCCCAUCGGCGUAAGGCCUCCGUACUUGUUCAAGCUCUCUUGGAUAUCGUGGGGCCGGUGUGGCACUCCGUGUUGUAACCCGACUUCGUGCCCUGUGGUCUGUGAUGGGCGCUGUGAGUACGGCGUCAGGUCGCACGGUGUUGCCCCACAGUUCCAUGAGUGCGGCUACAGAGUGUGUCGACUGCUUCGAUGGGAACGGAGAGUGAGAGAGAAAAGGAAAACCGACCACUUUCAGUCCAAAGUGGUCGGUCAUUGUUCGGCGGCGUUUUAUGAGUAUGCUUGUGAUUGAGUCCCUGCUGUUCUUCGCUCCUCUUUCCCCCUCGCUGCUUUUGCCCCUGGGCUCACUGUGUCUCUUUGGGCCCCCCCGCUCUCCCGCCGGCUUUCCUUCGCUCCCCGCUUGCAGGGCUUAUGAGAGACAUGUGCAGUGUUAUUUUGCACAGGUAUGUGUGCACUCGUAGGUUGAUUUUAGUCUCAUGCCAUUGCCUGCCUGUUCACUGGCGCGACGUCGGUGGCGCUGGUUUCGGGGCAGCGCGGGCAACCCCAGCUACAUUUUAUCAACGAUGAAUGCUUCGAAUGUUCUCGGAGUGCGAGGCUUCUUUGAUGGAGGCCCUUCCUCUGGUGGUUGCGGCGGCGGCUCGGUUCUCGAUCUGUGCAUUCUUCCAACGCUUCCUUUUCAUCUUAGUCAUCUGGAUGGCCCCGCAUCUCCGAACGGUUUCUGGUGGUGCAGUGUUGCCCCAGAAGCCUUCCGUCUUCCGCCCUCGUGUACAGUGACCCAGGCUGAACUUCUUGCUGCAAAGCACCUCCUGAAAGGUGUGGCGGCGGUCCUUCAGGCGCUUGGCCUGUUUCGCACCAUCUGCGUUAGGCUGUGACCCGAGCGGGCCUGUACUCAAAAAUCUCGACGGAACUUCUUCUUUCUCCUCCUCGCUCCGUCUUCUUCUCGACGCUUUCCUCCAUGAAACUGCGCCCUCGCGCGCGCGGAAUGCGAGAUUGCCGCGCCCGCAUUCCACGAGGAAGCUCUAAGAGUUCCCGGCGGUAACCAAGGUUUUACUUGAAGCAGGCGGCUCUGCAACGUUUCUGUGAGGCUUUGCGCCGUGAUGGGGAGGAGGACGCGGACAUCCAGAGAACCUGUGGGCUGUGUCGGUUGAACAAGAUAAGGAUGCACCGUCUUGCAGGGUGCUGCUUCGGACAUUGGCGGUGCUUGACAUUCUACUCAAGUGGUGCUCAACGGUUGAUGGAACAACGCUUGCAGAGCCACAUUCGGAACCUUUGUGUAACCUUUUGGCCUUAACUGUGGCCUUCACCUUUGUUUCACUCUGCUUCGCCUGUGAUGCACAACGUAAACAUGAACUAGUCGGCCUCCACGGUUUCUUCGUUGGAGGGCGGUCUGUCGAAGGAUAUGCUGCUGAUCGGCUGUUGCUUUGAUCAAUGCAGUAAAACGGCAUUGUAUGGCCGUGGAACACGUUUUGGGUAGCGUUUCAACCAGCUCUUACACCAUUCUCUAACCUGUUCCUACACCUUUGCAUUCUCACAUGUUGUGCUGCAUCCUUUUCCUUGUUCCUGCAUCCUAUUCCGAUGCCUAUGUCUCAGUGGCUCGGCAGCGUGAUGAUAAGAGGUGCCUUCUCUAGCUACCCUGUGCUCCGUUUGGGAGUCUUAGGGCUCAGCUGUCACAGCUGUCCGCGCCCUGACUCAAACUCAAAAA